UGAGUAUUGGACAUUAAGGUUUUUUUGAGAUCAAAUAAACAUCAAAUUAAACUUUUCAGACCUCAUCGCCCACCCCCUAACAUUUCCCGUUAACAUCUUCUCUUCCCCGUUAUCACCCUGCGAUUAGACCUAAUUGAUAUAUACCUAAUAAAUACAAUCUGAGACAGAUUAUGAAGAAGAAAGCAGUGAUGUCGGCUAGUCCUUCAGCAUCGAGGUCGUCUGAGGCACGGAAAUCUGAGUCCGGUGAUUCAGUGAAGCUUCGAAGCAUCUAUGAGCGACCGUAUUCUGGGCGUUCUAGGUUUUGCAGAUGCAUGAAUGCAAAUGGAACUCGCGUCAAGGCGCCACUUUGGACUUCAUGGACUGACAAGAAUCCAGGGAGAAGAUUUCAUGGAUGUCCUAAUUAUGAGAAGGAUGGAUGUGGCUUCUUUGAAUGGCAUGAUGAGCCAUUAACGGACAGAGCAAGGCAUGUUAUCAAUGAGCUGAAACGGGAGAAUAGGAGGCUCCAAUCUGCAAUGUUUGAAUUGGAAUGUGAUAGUGUUGCUCAAAAGUUGGAGAGUGAACUUGAAGAAGUCAACAGUAUGAAUGAUGCAGCCCAUCUGGAAUUGGAAAGCAAAACUAAAAUGAAGAAUAAUUAUGUUAUUGUAGUGUUGUUAUGUGUCCUUAUUGUAGUAUUAUGUGUGUUAGUAUGUUAGUUUCAGUUUCUUGUAAAAUG